ACAAUUAAUAUGUUUAUGUUUUGUUAAGACUAAUAUAACGGUCUUAUUUGAAUUUUAAAUUUUGAAACUAUAUAAUUUUACACAAAAUGGAAAUACCGGCUGCUGCAUCGGACCUAUCCAACCUCGAUGAUCACUAUGUUAGGAGUGAUGAUGAGGUUAGGGAUACUACUCUUAUCGGAAGAAGUCGCCGUUGUUGCGUGGGCAAGAAGACUAUGUGGAUAGUUUUGCUUGGGACAGCGAUCCUUACAGCAGCAAUUACCAGUGGUAUCAUCCUACUGGUAACCAGCUUAUCUGGUAGUAAAGCAAAACCAUCUGGCGGCGUUAAGCAUAUCGGGAAAUUUGACGGUCUAAACCGUGCAGAUUGCCAUGUUUCACCCGAAACAUUCGCAGAGCUCUCUUCCAUGGCUCACCUUGGUGAAAUAAACGUCAGUGACCCUGCUGAGAUCGUUAAGUACAUGGACUUCACUCGCAUGGCUAAGAAAUUCGAUAGAAAGUAUGACACUGUUGCUGAGAGGCACACUGCCUUCUUGAACUUCCGUCGUAACCAUGACAUUGUUAAGAGUCAUGAGCACAACAAGGCUGCCACUUACACCAAGGAUUUGAACCAUUUCUUUGACAAGGAUAUAAAGGCCGUCGCUGCUAAAUUAUUGCACAAGAUUGAUGUUUACAAUGAGUCUAACAUCAGUGUAACUCCUACUGACACUACUGCCACCAAGGAAAAUCAGCCCAUCUACGCUACUCUAAAGAAUUAUUCAGUUUCCGCUGGAUACCCACCAAUUGGUAGCAAAGUCAACUUCGAGGACAUUGACUGGCGUAGGGCUGAUGCUGUGACUCCGGUGAAGGACCAAGGGAUGUGCGGUUCUUGCUGGGCAUUUGCCGCUGUAGGUUCUGUCGAGAGCCUCUUGAAGCGUCAAAAAACUGACGUCAGACUAAGUGAGCAAGAGCUGGUUAGUUGCCAAUUGGGCAACCAGGGCUGUAACGGUGGUUACAGCGACUACGCUUUGAACUACAUUAAGUUUAACGGUAUCCACCGAUCUGAGGAGUGGCCUUAUUUGGCUGCUGAUGGCAAAUGCGUUGCCCAUGAUGGAACCAAGUACUACAUCAAGGGUUACCACGCAGCCAAGGGACGCAGCGUCGCCAACCAGCUCCUUGUAAUGGGACCCACUGUCGUUUACAUUGCCGUUUCUGAGGACCUCAUGCACUACAGCGGUGGUGUUUUCAACGGUGAAUGUUCAGACAGCGAGUUGAACCAUGCUGUUCUUUUGGUUGGUGAAGGUUACGACAGCGCAUUGAAGAAACGUUACUGGUUGCUCAAGAACUCUUGGGGUACCAGCUGGGGAGAGGACGGUUACUUCAGGCUCGAGCGUACUAACACCCCAACUGACAAAUGUGGCGUUCUUUCUUACGGUUAUGUCCCAUAUUAAGGCAGAGUGGAGUGACUGAGGUACACUAUAUCUUGGCUACGAAGUUCUGAAUCAUAAGAUUU